AUGAAUGUCAGGCAAAGGUUGGCCGUAUUCGGUGCCACCGAUUAUGUGAACGUAAGGCCGGCCUCUUUUAUAUCAGGUGAUGGAGUCAUACCCGGGCCGACCGUUCCAUCGUGUAGUCGAGGCCUGAGUGGACGAUAUCUUUCUCUGAAGCACCGGAUAUUCGUUUCUGAAAGGCUUCACUCGGGACUAUAG